AUCGCCCUUGACGGCGGAGCUCUCGCCUCUUGGUGCUUGACUAAGGUUACUACUGAUUGAUAUCUGAUGUCUGUGAUCACUGAUCACUGAUCUCUGAUCUCUGAUCUCUUGCCUGCUCCUGCACCGGGAAUCUUGAUCUUCAUCUGGAUUGCGCCUGUCCAUGUCCUCUUGGCCCUCUGCCUCCCGUCGUCUCGGUAUCCCCCACGACUCUUUCACCACGCCCGCCAGCUCCCUCUUCCUCGAUCCGCCUCUCGACGCCUCUUCCCCCCGUCGACAUCAAUCAACUCCCACCCGCACGUCCUCCCCGCGAACAGAUCCGAUCCCAACGUCUGAUGCUUCCCCUCGGACUGGAACCUCGGGCCUCGACAUCACCACGCUUCUUCCUGAGCACCGCAGCAUAAGCGCUUCCUCCGUCGCCAGUCUUCCACCAGCUCGUGCCAGUUCUACAUCUACAAUCCUCGCCCGCCACUUCCUGGAGACCGGCCUUUCUUACUUACUGUGAACGCCAGGCUCGAGAAGCUUCACUCACCAGCAGCGCAUACGCGAGAGCCGCAAUCUAUACCAGAGCCGUGUCAGGCACCAGUUCCUCUCUCCCCAAUCCUGCGCGCCUCGCUGCACGACGCGGCGACAACGGGCUCAGUCGCGGCGAUCCUCCUCGUGCGGUAUCUCC